CAUAUGAAAUUAACGAACUCGAGGAAUUGAAUAAUUGCCUUACGUCGCUAUUUCAAGCAAGUGCACGGGCGCUUCAAUAAGGGUUGCGCUAUCGAUUUACGUAUUACCUAUAUCUAACCAACCUCACACUUGUAUUCAUAAGAUUAUGCCAUAUAUCACAAGAAACAAGUGGAAGGUCAUUCAAUCUCUGUAUUUAAUGAGUUACCAUGAUAACUGAUUAUGAAACCCGGAUUUAAUCUCCUGUUUCCCGGAGGCGGAAAGUUCCAGGCAGAAGGGAUCUGAUGGUACGUGUUCAACGACCCUUUUUUUAAUGACAAGGUUGUUAUGCAGCAGUUGGGACAUACAAGACACGUGGGAAAGACUUGAUUCAUUCCGUGGUAAAGGCAGCCCUACAAGCAGGAUACAGAGCUUUUGAUACAGCAGCUGUGUACAGGAAUGAAACUGAAAUAGGUGAUGCCCUCAAGCAGCUUUUACCUGAGUUUGGCCUGGAAAGGAAGGAUGUAUUUAUUACUUCAAAACUGAAUUCAUGAAAGGGUGAAAAAUUAUGAAAAAAACUGAUAUUUAACGUAUUUUCAUCUCAAGAAGGUAAAAUCAAGCAAUCAUGGAGGAGCCAAAAGAGAUCAGAAAUAUCUCUCUUUUUGAACUUACAGAAAUUUCACACAAACUACAUUUGGAACUCACCCCUCGUGGAUUUGAAUUCCAUCCUUUUAAGAUUGGCUGGUACAACAAACAUGUUGCUGAAUCUUUUCAGUUGCCUUAUCAUGAAGACACAGUGGCAUUUGUGGUGAUUAGUACACCCAGCAUGUUUGAGAAAGCCUUCUUGCCAUUCGUGAUAGAGUUGGAUUGUCAGAGGUCUUCACAGGACCCACUUGACCAGUGCAUGGUGCACUGCUUCUCAACCAUCAGUGAAAUAUUCCCUGCAGACAAGGUCAUCAUUAUGCAUGACUUUGAGCUAUCUCCAAACCGACGCCCCAAAGUCCUUAUGCAAACCGCGGGCCAUGUGUCAGGGGCUGUACGAUAUUACCAGAGGACAGACCUUAAGUCUGAUCCAUUUGACCCCAGCAGGAAGGUGUUCGGUGCUUGCCUCCACCCACGUUAUGGUGGUUGGUUUGCUCUGCGUGGUGUGGUCAUAUUUCCACAGUUUGUCUGUCCUGAGCUGAAGCCACAGCAGCCCAAAGACAUCCUGCAGAGUGAUGAGGAAUUGGUUGAACUGCUGAAGCGCUACAAUGACCACUGGCAAGACUGGACUUUUAGAGACAUCAUCUCGGUGAAAGAGAAAUACUCGGAACAACAAAAAGAGUACUUUGGCACGAAGCCGGGAGAGAGAAAAACACUCAUUGAGAAGUAUCGCGCAACUCUGAAAGGAAAUGCAUAGAGAGAUACACUCAUAUAUUUUUGUUGAUUUUGAUUAUUCAGCAUAAAGCUAUGAUAGUAUAAUGAAAAAUUAACAAGUAUAACAAAGUGAAUAACAGUGUGAUCACUGAUUCCUUUGGUUUUCAGUUUUAAGGGUUUCUUGUUAGCGUUCCUCUUUUAUUUUGAUAUUUGAAGUAAUGAUAACCUGGUUCAUUUAAGAAACAUGGAUUUAGACUUCUAUCAUUUCUGUGCAAUGUGCCAUAAUGUUCGUCAUUUAAAAUACUUCCAUAUCUUAUUCAUAAAUAAUUUUGCUUCUCUUCCACUUUUAACUAACCUUAAUUUGAACAAUCUUUCAACAAAGCUUUUUGAUCAUGGCAUAAGUGGAAGUGGAAUGGCUAAAAAUUACUGUAUAAGAAUGAGAAAUUAGACCAAUCAUUUUUGUCAUGCAAUGUAAGGCUUAUCAGUGGGAAUCAUAAAUUGUGAUAAAAUCCUUCACAAAUGUUUAAAGAUUAAAAAUCAUCUUGUCCUUAAUUUUGUUUGUGACCGCAUCUGUUAUAACUUGGUUGUGACAAUUUCUCUUUGUGCUGUGUAAAUUGUACAAACUUAGUAGAAUAGAGGGAAUUAGAUCUUCAGAUUUUGGGAGAGUCAUAGAAAAAUUAUUUAGGACACUCCACCUCCAGCUGAGGCAACUUUAGCCCAUGCAGUGUACUAUCUUUGCAGAUUGUAAACUGCUUGCUUAGUGUGUGGAUAUAUAAUUCAGGGUAGCUUAUUCUAGUUCGUAUCUGGAGGUAUGUAGGAUUUGUUGUGCAGAAGUGUGCAAUUCAGGUGUCAUAUUAGAGGAUGGUUUUAUAGCUGGCUUUUGCAGUCUUUUUCCCUUCCUUUUUUUUUAAAUUUUCCUCCUCCUCCUCCUCCUCCUCCUCCUCCUCCUCCUCCUCCUCCUCCUCCUCCUCCUCCUCCUCC